GUUGGCAUGCCGUGAUCGUUGCUUCCCAAUUAGGCGAGCUCAACACCAAGCAGGUACUUGCGGAGGAAGGAACGCAGCACUGCACCUUCCCUCGAUCGUGUCGAUACACCCGAUCCUCGUACGAUCCCCGCGCUCGCGUCCGAAGUCGCGGCGAUCGAUGGUGCAGAGGGCAGAGGGCAGAGUAUAUGAACAGAUGCCUCGCCCUCCCCUCCCACGUCCACUUCCUCCCCAUUACCCACCAUCCACAUCUUACGUCUCAACCUCCCAGCGCCGAUUUUGCGGUGUCUCUGGAGUGCGGAUCAGAGUCUUACUCCUCUUGAAUGCUACUACCUAUUCUAUCAUUUUGAUCCUCCCAACUAACCAUUGUCUGGAUUAUAACUGAGAUUAUUGACCCAGCUUCACUUCUUGUUCCUCUUUUUCCCUCUCCAUCCUUAUGAAAGCGUUCCUCUUGAGGCUCUCUCCCUCGCCUGCCGUCAAAAUGUCUCAAACUCAGUCACAAUCUCAGUCUCAAUCUGGACAAUCGCAGCCUCCGCCUUUCCCCCAUUCUCAAGACCCCAAUGGUACCACCAUUCCAUUCGCCAAGUUCUCCCAUGGUAAGUAACCUAAGGUCGCCCACUCUCAUACGUGCCAACUACUUGGCGAUAAGGGCUGGAACCGCCUGCUUUCGGUUCCAAGUGCAAUAUACUGACUGAAGCUGCAGUGACUUGCGCUUCAGGAGUCACGUCUUUUACUUGGACUCACGUCGGCGAGAGAGAUGAUUUAAACUUGGUCUUUUACUCCGUCCGUCAAUUCGAUGAUAACGUAAACCGCAACGAGCGCUUAUACAUGAAGAUUACUGCUGGUGCCGAAUUGUUGGUAAGUGAUGUCGGAUCCUGGUCGUUUCAACCUUCAUCCGCUGAUGACAUACAAGGAAUCUCAGGAUCUUGGUGAUCUCGUCAGAAUCUGGAAGCAACAUGAUCCAUCCAAAGGGGGCGAUACGCCAAUUCAAGUCGUCAUCAAGUGCCCAUUCUUGGCCAUGAGAUUCCCGAAAAGCAAUACCAGCGUAAGUCUCUCCAAUUCCUUUGAACCGUCCCAUACCCUCCAUUGUGCUAUCAUACUUUUCCUAUUCUGUUCAUUUCUAAUACUUCAAUUUACAGGUUCGCCGAGUACAGCUAAAGUUUAAAAGCGAUCCGGAUUUUCAACAAGCGCUUAGUAUUUUGACUGAUCUUGGUCUGCCUGUCACCCAAAAUGUUCCCUCUGCGCAAUCCAAUGGCCGUCCACUGGUUUCACCUGCUCCUGCAAUGGGUCCUCCAACACCGACGCCCUACAGCGCAGGCAACAUGUCGAGCUUAUUUUCGAGACCAGGUUCGACGAACUCUUAUAAUUCAUCAAGUUCCAAGGCGGCUAUGCCUGCAAACUCGAGCUCCCCAACCAAGUCUGACUUCAAAGGCCCGUCACCCGGCAAUGAUUCUUCAUUCCCGGCACAAGCUUCAGUUGCUAGACAGUCAUACAUCACUUCCUCUAUGCCUCGACCACUUUCCACUUCGGCACUUCCGAAGAAUUCCAUUUAUCUUGCACAAAUGGACAAAGCAGUGAGUUGCAGUUUCUCCGUUACGACUUGAGAUUUCCAGAACCAUACUUAUAUCUACAACCCAGGUGCACAGGAUUUCCUCUCCCAAUAUGCAAGAGCCACUGGCCAGUGGUACUUCUCAAGUAUGCUCUCCUAUUCCCACGCUUUGAAAUCUGUGCUAAUUUUGACAGUUUCACCAAGUCCACCAUGGUUCUGAACAACUGACUCGAAGUUUUUCUGCCUCACCCUACUUUAGCAAUAGAGGUGGCAUGUUUGGCCCACAAGCCUCUACCGAAGACCCUUUCACCUCGCAGUGUUUCAGUGUACCCGCUCGAGUCCAAUCUGUUCCCGCAGCUCAAUCUUUUGAUACACAACGAUUCGCGCUACCUCCCAGACGUGUCUUGCCAUUUGCGAAGCCCAAGCCAAAGGAAAAGGUUAUUCCCUCACCACCAACGACUGCACCGACCAAGGAAAUCGAGUCAACUGUACCAGGUUGUGCAACACCUACUCGAAAGCCUGCCAAAAAGCGCGUCGCUCAACGGAAGCCUUUGGUGACCAAGACACAAGACAAUGAGAACGAAAGUGUCGCUUUUGCUGCUGCAACAUUGGAUGAUGUGCCCUCCCCUCUUGUCACUAAGAAAAGUACCGACGCCGUGCCAAAGGCUGCUGUCACCAAAAAACGUGCACCUGUGAGCCGCCCUUCGUCAGCUAGUAAGCGCCCCAAAAUGGUCGAUGCUGCUACACAAACUCAAACACCUUCAGGUUGCGAUCAAUCAGUUCAAACUAUUCCUCCCUCUACCAAGGAACCGGAGCUUGUCACGAAUGUAUCAACGCCACCAUCACCAGAGUCGCCACCCGAGGAUUAUCUCAACGGCAUUGACAAAUUUGUCUCCAAGGUCCGUACCCUCUUAGACAUGCACAUAGCAAAUCAAUGUUGUGGAAUAGCAGUUGCUGACUCUUCCCGGUUAUAGUACAGUUCUCGUUCUGCCCCUACAGAACUCUGGCAGACACCUGGCUGGUCCAACGGCACCGAGGAGGAGCGUGAUGCAAUUCUCAAUAACUACAUCUGCGAGAAUCUCGAAAAUCCCGACUUCAUCAAACUUUGCGAGGAUGUUGAGAGAUCUUGGCAUCGAAUUGGACUCGGUUUAUAACCUCGAAAUACUGAUCUGAAAUCGGAUUUGGUAUUCGUGGUUACUGCCACUCAGAUGGAUUAAGAGUCUACAGUAACUGCGAUAUGACGGUACAGAUCCAUUCCAUUUGCUGAAAAGCUUUCCCCUGGCUUCCGACACCAACGAAAUGAUAAAAUAUCAUACGACACAAUACCUCAUUGCUUUAAUGGUAAACUAAACACUAGCUCUAGCUAUAAAACUUGCUAUGUAUUGAGUCUUGUCCAGACAGGCUCGAUUGUAUCUUAUUAUCACACACUCAAACACCCAUGUAAAACAUGUGGAUGGAAUACAAAGAUCUGUCAAAAUUCAUAAA